UAUUAAAUAAAAUUAUAUUUUUCAUUUUGUCUUUAUUCGGAGUUUUAAUCAUUUAUAUCACAGGCGAGUUUGGCCAGCUGAACGUCCGUAGCUGGCUGAAAUGGAGGCCGUGCCGCGGAUGCCGAUGAUCUGGCUGGAUUUAAAGGAGGCUGGUGACUUUCAGUUCAGCUCCAGUGUUAAACAGUUCAUACUGAGGAACUACGGUGAGGAUCCAGAUAAUUACAACGAGCCGAUUAAGAAGCUGGAACAGUUACGGCAGAGUGCCGUAAACGUGACGAGGGAUUUCGAGGGCUGCAGUACACUACGCAAAUAUUUCGGCCAGCUGCACUACCUGCAGAGCCGAGUUCCCCUUGGUCCAGGCCAGGAGGCGGCUGUUCCAGUUUCUUGGACGGAGAUCUUUUCAGGAAAGACGAUCACGCACGAUGACAUCAGCUACGAGCAGGCCUGCAUCCUCUAUAACCUGGGAGCGCUACACUCAAUGCUGGGAGCCAUGGACAACAGAGUAUCAGAGGAGGGGAUGAAGGUGUCGUGUACCCACUUCCAGUGCUCGGCCGGGGCGUUCUCCUACCUGAGGGAUCACUUCAGUCACAGCUACAGCGUGGACAUGAGCCACCAGAUCCUCAGUCUCAACAUCAACCUCAUGCUGGGUCAAGCUCAAGAGUGUCUGUUAGAAAAAUCCAUGCUGGACAACAGAAAGAGUUUCCUCGUUGCCCGGAUUAGUGCCCAGGUCGUGGACUACUACAAGGAGGCGUGCCGCGCCCUGGAGAACUCCGAAACGGCGUCCAUGCUGGGAAAGAUCCAGAAGGACUGGAAGAAGCUCGUACAGAUGAAGAUCUACUACUUCGCCGCUAUCGCUCACCUGCACAUGGGAAAACAAGCCGAGGAGCAGCAGAAAUACGGAGAAAAGGUGGCCUAUUUUCAGAGCUCACUGGACAAGCUGAACGAGGCAGUAAAGUUGGCCAAAGGUCAGCCGGACAGCGUGCAGGAGGCCCUGCGCUUCACCAUGGACGUGAUCGGGGGGAAAUUCAACUCUGCUAAGAAAGAUAACGAUUUCAUUUACCACGAGUCCGUGCCAUCCCUGGAGAUGCUGCCCUCUGUCAAAGGUGCUCCGCUGGUUAAAGCCCUGCCUGUGAACCCAACAGACCCGAGUGUGACAGGACCGGACAUUUUCUCCAAACUGGUGCCCAUGGCGGCUCAUGAGGCCUCCUCACUCUACAGUGAGGAAAAGGCCAAGCUGCUGCGAGACGUCAUGGUGAAAAUCGAUAACAAGAACAAGACGCUAGAACAAUUCAUGGACUCGCUCAACCUGGACCCUGAAUCCGUGGACAACAUGGACAUGUACAACAGCAUCCCGUCAGUGCUGAUGGAGAAAUGCGCCGCGCUGAGCGUGAGACCCGAUACGGUCAAGAGUCUCAUCCAGUCCAUGCAAGUGCUGUCGGGCGUGUUCACGGACGUGGAAGCCUCCCUGAAGGAGAUACGCUCGGUGCUGGAUGAGGACCAAACCGGCGAGAAAAAGCUGGAGGAGGUGGCCGGCAAGCAGGCGUUUCCGGCUCAGUCCUCCACCGUAUCCGAGCUCCGGAGGGACCUGGAGAAGUACAUGGAGGCCCACGAGAAAGCCAGCUACACCAACACGGAGCUCCACCGGGCCAUGAACCUGCACAUCAGCAACCUGCGGCUGCUGGGAGGACCGCUGGAGGCCCUGAGGGACGCCCUGCCCAGACCUCAGCUCAGUGAAGAUGAAAUGGCGGGUCUUCAGUGCAUGAAAAGGAUUCUGGGUAAAGUGCAGGAGAUGAAAGACCAGCGCAGUUCUCUGGAGAAGCAGCUGAGGGAUCUCAUCCAGCAGGACGACAUCACUACCGCACUAGUUACCACCGAGAGAGCCGACAUGAAGGGGCUGUUUGAGGAUCAGCUGAAGAAGUACGAGCAGGUGAAGGUGUACAUCGAUCAGAACCUGGCCGCCCAGGAGAACAUCCUGAAGGCGCUGACGGACGCCAACGUCCAGUACGCGACGGUGCGCAAGGGCCUGGCGGAGACCGAGCACAAGUGGAACAGCACGGUGCAGAUGCUCGCCGCCUCGUAUGAAGCUUACGAAGACCUGAUGAAGAAGUCGCAGGAGGGGAAGGAGUUCUACGAGGACCUGGAGGCCAAAGCUUCUCGCCUGUUGGAGAGAGCCAAGACCGUCUGCAUGGCCAGAGAGGAGGAGAGGCAAGCCAUUUUGGAGAGAGAGCUCCAAAAGAAGGUUCCUCAAAGGCCGACGGCCCCAAAGCCGGCCCCAAAACUAGCUCCAAUUGUGGGUCCAUCCAUCCUGGAGGACCCUGAAAUCGCCAAGCUGAAUGCUGCUAUCCUCGCUCUAGGUGGAGACUUGCCCGAAGGUCUACGCAGCCUUCCUCCUGAGUUUUCCCUUCCCAUGAUGCCUGAGGCUUUUUAUCCAGGCGCCACACCUAGUUCGGCUGUACCGUGGCGCGGGGCUGGAACGAGUACCCCUUACGCGCCACCUCGUUUCCCUCCUAACCUACCGCCUCCUGAACUUCUUGCGCAGAUCUCUCGAUUCGCGUCGCUGCCCCAAACCCAGGGGUUCAACCAAAAUCUGCCACCAGGUGCCAUACCACAGCAGCAGCAGGUUCCUCAGAUGCCCAACCCUCAGGUCUUCCAGAAUCCUUCAGCUCCUGGAUACUGCCCUCCGUCUUCAGUACCGGUGGCGCCCACUCCCAUUCGGCCGUCCACCACCACUGUGGACAGUGUGCAGACACCCAUUUCUAGUUAUACCCCUGCACUGGGGCAGCAACCCAUGCCCGGACCACCCUCUCGCCACCCUAUGCCUAUGUAUCAUCCUCCCCCUGCGGCGGCUGUCAGACCAAAAUAUGUGCAGCAGCCACCUCAGGGACACAUGCAGCCCCAUCAAACCAUUCCUCAGGUUCGCGGCCCGAGCCAGCCUCAUCAGUUUUACCCACCCAUGCCAGGCCAACAUAUACCCGCACACUUAACGGGGCCACAGGCUCCGCAACAAGCCCAGCCUCAGUACCCGCACCACAUGGCUCAACCGAGACAACCAGGUCCUCCCAACAUGCAGCAGCCUCCAUUUAACGUUCACUCUAUGCCAACUUCCCUGCCACAGCCCCAGCAGGUCUACCCUUCUGUCCCAUUUGUUCCUGGCCAGCCUGUUAACCUUAUUGCCCAGCUGCCCCCCCAUCACAGCAUGCAGCCACAGAUGCCCCCGUCUUCCCAGCCAGUGCCUCCGGUUUCUAUGCCACAUUUAGUGAAUGUAAAGCCACAAGUGCCCCCCAGCUCCCAGCCCUAUAUGCCUCCAGCCACCCAGCAAGCAUGCCACAUUCCGUCCUCACAGAUGCCUCUCUCCUCCCAGCAAGUAACCCCUGCGCCACACAUGCAAAUGCCCCCUGCCUCGCAGCCGAUGCCUCCGCUCUCCCACCCACAAAUCUCACCUCCCACUCACCAGCCAAUCCCUGCAUCUUCCCAGCCGGUCCUGCCUCCACCUCGUCCACCAGUGCCCCACGUUUCCCAGUCGCUUCCGCAUCCCUCUCACCCACCGAUGCCCAGCGUUUCCCAACAGUUACCACACCCAUCUCAUCUGCAAAUGCAUCCUGCGUACCAGUCAGCAUUCCCAGCAAACGCACCGAGAGUCCCGGGCCCCGUCCAGCCUCAGUUACACCCAGUCUCGCUGGCACCACAGUUCCCAGUACACACCAAUGCGGUUCCCCCUCAGCACCCUGGACAUCACCCUUUACAAGUCGCAGGACCUCGUCCUGUCGUGCCCCCACAGGUGCCCCAGCACCCUGUCCUCUUGCCCCAGCAGCCUCCAUCCCCUCAUUCAACACCGGUGGGCUUUUCAGGUGGCAUUCCUGUAGUUUCUCAACAGCCACAGCUACCACCGGGAGCUCCAACACCUUACACCGGACCACAUGUGGGGACCAUUCCUCCAGGAGGCGUCCAGCAUCCUAGCCCAGUCGUGCCACCCGGACUUCCUCAGGGUAUAAUCCCUCCAUCAAGUAUUGCAUCAGGGGCAACACAGAACAGUAUCCUGCCCACCCCAUCACCUUCUCCAUCACCAGGACCUUCCUCGCUGAGUAUGGUACCUCAGAGACCCUCUCCUGCGCUCACACCCGCCGGGGCUGCACCCAUACCCCAGACGGUCACGUCACCCCUGCCACCAUCCAGCCCCUUGCCCUCAUCCAACCUGCUGUUUCAGCAUCAGAACUCCAAUACGGACGAUCUUCUCUCCUCCAGCCCGGAGAGCCAGCACGGCGGCGGCAAAGACACCGCCAACGUCUUACUGCCCACCAAGGCCGACCCGCAAGAUGAGCAGCAGCGCAAGAAAGCAGAGGGGGUGAAACUCAUCCAGGGUGACCCGUACCAGGCUCCGGAGCGGGUGUCCCAGCUUUGCGCGGAGCUCGAGCGGUUUCGAUCUGCCGUGCAGUCUCUGGAGCGCCCCUCGGGCGAGGGAGGCCUGUCCGAACUCGAUGCCCGCUGGAAGGAGCUGCAGGAUCAGCAGGAGAAGGAUUCCCACCAGCUGUCCAUCGCCAUAGCGCGCUGCUACACCAUGAAAAACCGGCACCAAGACGUCAUGCCGUACGACUGCAAUCGGGUCGUUCUGCAGUCCGGCAAGGACGACUACAUCAACGCUAGCUAUAUAGAGUACCUCUCGCCAUACUGUCCACGCCUUAUCGCCACACAGGCGCCGCUUACUGGCACCGCUGCUGAUUUCUGGCUCAUGGUCUACGAGCAGAAAGUGUCUCUGAUUGUGAUGCUCGUGUCGGAGCAAGAACUCGAGAAGCAAAAAGUCUUGCGCUACUUUCCAUCGGAAAGAGGGCAGCAGAUCACUCAAGGUCCGAUCACGCUCACCCUGACCACCCAGAAGAACACGCCCACGCACGUGGAGCGCAUGAUCGGACUUCAGUACCGAGACCAGAGUCUGAAGCGCACCGUCAUCCACCUGCAGUUCACCUCCUGGCCCGAGCUGGGUUUACCGGAGAGUAAGAGUAACCUCAUUUGCUUCAUCCAGGAGGUGCACGGGCAUUACCUCCUCCAGCGCCCGUUACACACACCGGUUGUCGUGCACUGCAGCUCCGGUGUUGGCCGAACGGGCGCCUUCUGCCUGCUGUACGCCGCUCUGCAGGAACUGGAGGCCGGCAACGGUAUUCCUGACCUGUCGCAACUGGUGAAGAAGAUGAGGCAGCAGAGGAAGAACAUGCUCCAAGAGAAGCUCCACCUUAAAUUCUGCUAUGAGGCGGUCCUGAAGCACGCCGAGCAGGUUCUCCAGCGCCGCGGCAUCAUCACCUCGACCAUCCAAAAGUCCACCAACUGCACGGCGAUCAAGCAGUACUCGCAGCCGGAGGCUCAGGAUAUCGUCCUCGGGGGAGACAUGCCCAUCAGCUCCAUCCAGGCCACCGUGGCCAAGCUCAGCAUCCGCCCACCCAGCGUAGACUCCGAUCAGGAUUCUAAUCAGGACCCGACACCUCCUCCUCCUCCUCCUGCUGCCGAGACGGAAACCAAAACGGCGCCGGCGCAGGACCUCCAGGAGACGCCUCCCGCCGACGCGGUUCCCGCCUCGCCGAGUCCACCCCUGUCGCCUUCCUCCUCCCCGGGUAAAACUAACUCCCCCUCGCCUCCCGUGCUCCAUCCAGGGAACGGGUUUGAAGCCCUGACGGUCACCGAUCACCUCCCUGCACCUGAAGCGGCUCCUCCCGCUCCGUCGUCUCUGGACCUCCUCGCCUCGCUGACGCCCGAGGCCUUCACGCUGGACAGUGCCUGCCGGGGCAAACAGCGCAUCAGCAAGCAGAGUUUCCUCCAGCCACAGGAAGGCCAGGGUCUCCAGGGUUCAUCGAAAGGGGACGAUCCUCUGAGCGCCCUGGACCCUCUCUGGACUCUCAACAAGACCUGAAGACCCUGAACUCUGAGACACUAACCCUGGACCUUCUUUUGACGAUUUUCUGCAAGUUUUUCACUCUCGGCCUCCAGCUCGAGGUUGUAUGUUGUUCCUCUUUAUAUCCUCGCCCCCGUGUUGGAUCUGGGAGUUUUCUAAGUCUUUGGUAAUGGCCUUGUACCUCAGGACCACGUCACUGUGCGUCCGUCCCUGUAUUUCCCAUUACUGCCCUCCCCUCCCCCAAGACACAAUCCUUUACAUUGUUUUCCCAGCAUGCACCCUUGAUCUAAGACGUGAUCUAAAGUGAGUACCUACAUUCUGACACCAGUAUGUAUCGAUGGUGGAUAAAAUACACUGAAAUUAAACGCUGGGCCCUUAAGACAUGCUCAGAUUUGGGGUGUAUUUCGACUGGCACUUGACCCGGGCACUAGUGUGGGAAACCAAUGACACCUUUUAUUUUUAAGUCCUAGAACUGAACUUUGGUCUGCGCACUUGGGUGUGGUGUGAACUACGUGUUACCCUGAUAAGGAACAGUCCCAUAAUGCCAGUGGUACCCCCCUCUACAAAUGGGCACAGAGUUGAUUCCAAGUACAAGCUUGAGAGUUUAGGUUGGUUCUCUUGAUUCAAAUGAUGCAUUUUUAAUCUCAACUCCAAUAUUAAACACUGCAGUUUAGGACUAGUCUUUAAUCUCCAGGAUAAGACCUUCUGUGCUUCAUCAUAGUUCUGGAACUUGGAUUUUAAGGUGGGGGUACAAAUGACAUUCUUCAAUCUAAGGGAGCCAGACUGAUGUGAUUCCAAAGGCUCCUGGGAGACUGGACCACUGGAAUGAAACGUUAAGGGUUGGAUAAGGUGUGUAGGUAGUGUCCAAACUUUUUUGACUGGUGGUCUUACUCAGGUAGCAGUUACAUCAUUCUGAGAAAAGAAUGAAGAAGGUGGAAACGUGGGUCGAUACCAAACACCGAGUGUACAUGCGGGUUCAGUUCUAGGAUCCCUCAGAAUGAAGCCUGUUCACAGUCGGCGUGACAUGAGUCCCAAGUCCCAGUCGUUCCUACUGGUUCCCGACCUGGGUACAAGUUCAAGCACUUGGAACAAAAGACUGAAAAUCUGGAUAAAGGGAGGGCAACACAUCUACUGGCAUACAAGCCAUGGCACGAGUUACAGCAUCCUGUUUAAAACAGGAAUAGGUGCAGAUUAAAAGAUGAUCGUCAGGCAGUGCCCAAAAUUCUACUGGGUUUCCUUUCUGGACAGAAGUUCCAGGAUUCUGUAAAAAGAAUAAACGUUGGAAUUGUGAGGACGAUUCUAAGGCAUUAGCUUUUUUUUGGACAGUGACCCAACGUCAAGGACUUCAAAUAUUUGCAACCCACUCCUCGCUGUAUGGGUAAAGUCCAUGAACUGUUAGCCAAGUGAUUUCUGCUUAAGAUCUGUUCAUGUAGCUGAUAAUUUUAGGUCUCCGAGUAGAUUUGGGGGGGGGGGGGCAGUAAAAAGGAAAAGCAGCGCAGUUGUAAAAAGAGGAAAAGUGGGCGCUGCUACACCCACUCAGAGUAGAACCAAGUGCAGUUCCUGGAGUUAAAUUUCUCAGAAAUGUUGAACUGCAUGAGGAAAAUAUUCUUCUGGAAGAUCUAAACCAAUGAAAGAACCAGUACGGACCAGUUAGCACACUCCAGUUCAAAUAACGCUAAUCCCUGUGUACUAACGCUCAGUUCUUAGCAUCGUUAGCAUUUUGGGAGAGUUCUUUUCUAACAUCGACGUGCUCUGUACUUAUUUUAAACAUCGUUGUAACGAUUUCUGAAUCCUGUUCUGAGUCGGUUCUGUCUGCCUGUCCAUAAACUGUGUAAAUAAUUAAAUCAUCUUAAUUAAAACUGACAAGCUGGAAAA